GGCUCUUCCUUCCAGAAGAAGACGCCAGUCGUUUGCUGUUGAAGACUUGCAGAAACGGCGAUCGCGAUGCUUGGUUCUGCGCACACAUUGAGUUAGCACGGUACCGCCUUGGUUCUGCGUUAGUCAGACUGCUCGACACCGAUCCGCUUUUUCCAGACGUCAGCGGCGGCGCGAACGAGCGUCGUGCUGGUGGAUUUCAACCACUCUGGGACUUCUUCCGAGAUGAUUACUUCACGACGUUGCAACUUUUCCGGCGGGGUGCCUACAGCCCGUGUCCGGGCGGUCUCG